AUGUUCACGACUGAAGAAAACGUGCAGGAAAUGUGGACAUUGGAAGCACUCGGCAUUAAGGAUCCAAUCGAGGUGAAAUCGAAGUUGGAUCAAGAGUUGAUAGCGAAGAAGCAUUUUGCAGAGACAGUAUCUCGUCAAGCUGAUGGACGUUAUUCAGUUGGCCUACCAUGGAUUGGUGAAGAGAAGAAUAUUCCCAACAAUAGGAUGGUGGCAGAGAAUAGACUCCAGUCAACAACAAGGAGAUUACUAAGUACAGGAAAGUUUGACGUAUACGGGAACAUUUUCAAAUCGUGGAAGGAAGAGGGAAUAGUGGAGGAAGUAAACGUGUAUCAUUUGGAUGACUUAAACUGCCACUACUUGCCCCACCAUCCCGUGUUCAAGGAAAGUGUGACGACCCCGGUGCGACCUGUAUUUGAUGCCUCUUGCAAGACAAAAAGAUAUCCAUCUCUGAAUGAUUGUCUUCAUAAAGGACCUAAUCUUAUGGAACUCAUCCCGUCAGUUUUACUCAGAUUUCGGGAGAAGAAGAUUGGGGUCGUCUCUGAUAUUAGGAAGGCGUUUCAAAUGAUAGACGUACAGGAAUCCGACAGGGAUUAUUUGAGAUUCCUGUGGUGGGAGGACCCUUCCGGAAAGAAAAUCAAAAUCUACCGUCACUGUCGAGUUGUGUUUGGUGUUAAUUGUUCACCCUUCUUGCUUGCAGCAGUCGUCGACAUGCAUCUAUCAUCAAUUGUGGAUGGACGACAAGAAGAAGCCCUGAAAUUAAUGGGAGCACUAUACGUGGACAAUUGUGUCACGUCAGUCGACAGCGUGGACGAGUAUGAAAAAUUCAAAGAGACUUCAACCAAGAUUAUGGAAGAAGCGAAGAUGGAGUUGAGACAGUGGGAGUGUAGUGUUGUGGGGGUUCCCGGAGUCGACUCGCCUGCCAUGAGAGGGUGCGGAUUGGGAGACGGCAACACUGACACUCCACAGGAGUCAAGAAUACUCCCUACAACAAUGGUACUUGGUCUAAUUUGGGAAAAGUAUGAAGAUACGCUGUCAUGUGACAUAAAGAUGGACAAUCUCCCGGAUAAGUUUACCAAGAGGAGCGUCCUUUCCAUGGUUCAUAAAGUGUACGAUCCCAUCGGUUUCAGUUGUCCAGCCUUAAUAAAGCCGAAGAUGUUAUUACAGAAGGCGUGGGAGAGGAAGACCGGAUGGGAUGAACCGUUACCAGUGGAGGAGGCAAAGGAAUUCAAGAAAUGGUGCGAGGAGCUACCUCACCUAAAAUCAAUUCACCUCCCACGGUUUAUGAAAUUAGAAAGUACACGUGUAUUGCAGAUGCAUGUGUUUUGUGAUGCGAGUCAAGAUGCAUAUGCUGCUGUCGUGUUUCUUCGCAGCGAAGUUGGGGAUCAAGUGGAGAUAAGCCUCCUUCAAGCAAAGGCGAGGGUGGCUCCUUUGAAGAAACCAACAAUUCCAAGACUCGAGUUAAUGGCUGCGUUAAUUGGGGUGCGACUUUGUGAAUCUGUCAAGAGUGCACUCAAUUAUGAGACCAUCCCCACUACAUAUUGGAGCGACUCAACCACCGUGCUGGCGUGGAUUCGAGGUAACGACAAUUGGGGGACUUUUGUUGGAAACAGGGUACGAGAAAUUUGCACGUAUACGGAUUCUAAGAAAUGGAGACAUGUUCCGGGUCUUCUCAACCCUGCUGACCUACCAUCACGAGGAUGCAAUGCCAGAGAAUUGCUACAGUCAGGAUGGUGGAUGGGGCCUGAUUGGCUCAAAGAAUCAGAAGAAACUUGGCCUCACUCAGAUGAAGUUAUGGACGAGGAGGAAAUUAACCAAGAAAUGAAGAAAUUCAGCAGUGUUGACUUGGCUGGUACUACCGCCGUGGAGAUAAUUCCAGAUCCGAGAUUCUCUACCUACGUGAAGAAUGUUGCAGUAGUUGGCUGGCAGCGUCGUUUUGUAGAGAAUACUCGUGUACCAAAAGAAGACAGGAUCAUGAAGAAUUAUCUGACAGUCCAGGAAUUAAGAGAAGCUGAAAUAGUGCUGCUGAGAGAAAUUCAGGCUAGCUUCGUGGACAAAUUCCAGACUGGUGGCGGAGUAAAAGUUCAGAAAAUGGAAGAUGGACUUUUACACGUGAAGACAAGACUACUGAAUCGAAUUGAUUCUGAAGAGUUCAAGAUGCCGAUGUUACUCCCAAAAUCCCAUCCGAUGGUGCUGCAAUUGAUUCGAGAUGCACAUCGGAAUUAUUGUCAUGCUGGUGUUCAGUUCAUCAUGGGGAAGUUACGAGAGAAGUAUUGGAUCUUGCAAGCUAGGAAGACGAUCAGAAGUGUCAUUCAUAAUUGUUCCACGUGUAGAAGAUUCGAAUCAAAGAAGGUCGAGGUGGAAGAAGCUGCUCUACCAGAGAAGAGGGUCGCUGCGACCGAGCCAUUUCAGACGACAGGUGUUGACCUGGCUGGACCACUCUACCUUAAAGAUGGAUCGAAAGUGUGGAUCGUUUUGUAUACUUGUGCUGUGUUCAGAGGAAUACACGUGGACUUGAUCACCUCCUUGAGCACGGAAGCAUUUUUGGAAUCUUUGGAAAGAUUCAUUAACCAAUGUGGACGUCCCAAUACAAUUUAUAGUGACAAUGGGACUAAUUUUGUUGGAGCCGUCAACCUCUUCAAGUCACUGGAUUGGACCAAGAUCGAGAAAGAAAGUCAAGUGAAGAGAAUCCAGUGGAUCUUGAACCCACCCACAGGAGCGUGGUGGGGCGGAUGGUGGGAGCGACUUAUCAGAUCAAUUAAGGAUCUUUUAAAGAGGAUGCUGGGACGAGCCAGGCUGACCUAUGACCAGUUGAGGACCUGUCUUUCUUCCGCAGCAGCAGUCAUCAAUAGUCGUCCACUGACAACCGUGAAUGAGGAUGAAGAUGACCUCAUUCCUUUGACACCAGUAAUGUUCAUGAAAGGAGCUUUAACGUGUAAUUUUCCUGAAAGUAUGGAAAUCGGAUCAAGAGAAUUGCAGUCUCAUUACAAAAGAACAAGGAGACUACAACAAGACCUUCAAGCAAGAUUUAGGAAGGAAUAUCUCGGUCAAUUGGUCCAGAAACAGAACGAGAAGAAAGCACGACAACUUCAAGUAGGAGAUGUUGUCUUAGUCGGUGCUGAUAACAAGAAGCGUUUUGACUGGCCGAUGGGGCGAAUUUUUGAGCUUAUUCCAGGGAAGGACGGAGUGUGCAGAGUUGCGAAUGUCAAGACGUCGAAAGGAACACUCAAGAGACCACUGCAACGACUCUAUCCAUUGGAAAUCGCUUCCCCUACGGCAGCCGCUUUACCUAUUUCAAGACCCUCACUGGACUCCAAGAAGAAGAAGCAAGUCCAGAAUAAACCGGAAGUUGAUACUAUCGAUGAAGAGAUAGUGACCAAAUCAGGGAGGAUCUCUAAGAAACCAAUUAGAUAUUCGCAGUGGAAUUUGUAG